UUACAAAUGUCAAUAGCUGAACAGGUGACAACUUCUGGAUCAAAAACUGAUCACAGCACAGAACCAACAUUUAGUGGACCAUCAUCAAUUCCAACGCAAACUACAAUGUCAAUAUCCAUAACAAUCCAAACUCAGUCUAAACCACCUUUAACAACACUAACAUCAACAAAAACUUCACCAUCUGUGGAAACUGCGUUACAGACUAUAUUUGGUAAAACACCUGUUGAAACACAACCCACAAGUAAAACAUCACUAUUUACAGGGCAAACAGCAACCAAUGUGGGGAUAAGUAGCAAUGCAAUGCCAAAAGACAGCACACCAUUUAGCAGAGAGUCAACAACUCUUCAAAAACAGGACAUAGAAUCCUCAACAGUGCCUUUAGAGAAAUAUUUAGUGUCCAUGACGACAUCAUCCCCAACAAUGCUCAAUCAACCCUCAGAAUCUGCAACUUUAUCAUCCAUAACAUCGACCGAACACAUGACAACAGCUCCACUACAAACAGUAUCUUCUGUAAAAGAAGAAGCACCAAAUAAAACAUCAACCAACACCCAUGUAUCGCCAACAUAUUUUCCAAGAUUGACAAAAACUGAAGAAACCAUGUCAGAAGCAACAACACUUAUGUCUACUACUAAUAAACAAGAUGAAGAUUUUUCAUUAGCACUACAUUCAACUACAACCCCAUUACAAACGACUUCAACACAAACUAAUUUAUUUGUUCCAACACUGCCACAAACAACAAUAGAUGAAACAUCAGAAAACAGAUCAGCACAUGUGACAAAUGUAUCCUCACAUGUACAAAUGACAGAAUCAGUUAUAACACAAUCUUCAUCAACCAUGGUACCACCCACAACCACAAAACAAAGUGCAGGAUUCACAACAGUUCACAGCAUAACACCAUCCCUGAGUGGAUCAGAAAGUACAUCAACACAAACCACACCAUCUACGGCAACAGUAUUAAGAACACAAGAUGUGUCUGAAACCAAACCUGCACAAUCCUUUCCACCUACAAUGGAAUCAGCAGCAACAUCAACAAAAAAGGGGACAUCUGCAUUAGCAAGGCCAUCAUCAUCAUCAUCUUCAUCAUCGUCAUCAGCAACAGAACACCUCACAACUGCCAAACAGGAAUCAACAGCAAGUUACAGCUCAACACCAACUCAAAGUAAAUCGAUAGUUACACCAACAUUAACUUCACCAAACACAAACAUAGUGUUUACACCAAACAGUGUCUCCACAAUGGUAUCAAUACAGUCUUUUCCACCAAUGAUAAACUCUGCAACAACAUCAACACAAAGUAUGCUGUCUGCCCCAACAAAGCAACAAACUUCUGAUGGGCAAACAGCAGUAAGAGGAACAACAGUAAUUGAAAACACACAAUUAACAUCUCAAACACAAAGUAUAGCACGUGUCACAGAUUCACCAACACUUAAGUCAGCAUCAUUUUUAACAACACUGCCCACAGCCACAAAUGCACAAACUGCAAGAGUUAAAAGCUUAACACCAACAAACAGUGGACUAGACUCUAAACCAACAGUAAACAAUUUAACAACAGAAAUAAAAGGAUCUCUGGAAUCAAGUGCCACAGCAGCACCAACAGAGCUAUUUUCACCAACAAAGAAACCAGGAAUAGGAUCAACACAAACUAUAACUGCAGCAGCAACAAUUCCAGAAACUACACCAUCUGACACGCCAAGUGUAUCAAAGACAAUCCAUACAACUCCAAUUCAAAGUACAACUUUUAAAGAAGAAAAAAAUGUACCAAUUCAUGCUACAGAAUUUGUCUCAACAACAGCCAAACUUACUACCACAUCAAAAGGAACAAAAUUCACAGCCCAGAAACCCACCACAGCUUACAGCUUAAUGAAAGAUACGCCAACAAACAUGUCAACUCCUGUGCCACCAGGCUCAUCCCCAUCAUCUAGACUUGUGUCUCCAACCACUUCACCCUACUCUUUAACAUCAAUCUUUAAACCCGCAAAAGGAAUGACAGAUAAUGUCACAGAUACAAGUUCUCUUCAGCCCUUGCCCCUUUUUUCUGAGGAUGCAUCAACCACAAAUCCCACCAAAGCCAAAACAGCACAGCACCAAUUUGAUCAUACUUCUGGUCCCUUACUUGGAGAAAAAACUUUUUUUCCCAAUACAACCCAAAAGUGGCUGCUGUAAGGCCUCUUGUCUUUGAUUAUCCAAUUGUUAUCCGGACCACAUUCCCUGUUUCUGAUGCCUUCAAUGAAGAGUAACCAGACCAGGACAACACAAGUGAGAUACCAACAUUGUCAGCGUGAAUUCUGAGCAGUAGCAAGGGAAUUAUUGCCUUCAGUCUUGGCAAUAAUCAUCUACAAGUACCUUUAGCUUGAUACUUCACAGGUUUAUUCAAAGUAUGCUGAAGUCAAAUGUGUGUUGACAAAGAUGGACUGCUCUGCUUUCUUAAGUAAGAUUCAAGUGACUGUUCCUACCUUAUUGAGUUAUCAUCCAAAAGUAAGUAUGUCAUGUUGAUGAUAAU